AUGGCUGCCGCACUCAUUCUUUCUCUACUCUCCGUUGUCAACUUGGCUUCGGCCAUUGACGCGGCAACCAUUCAGGCCUAUCUCAAGGACAAUCUUUCCUCUGGCUCCGAAGUCCUUCUUCCCAGUGACUCGGCCUAUGCUAGUGACUUGACCGAGAGAUGGAAUGCAUACGAUGCCCCAAGUUACAUCGUGGGAGUAAAGCCUGCCACUGCGGAGGACGUCUCUACCAUCAUCAAGUAUGCGUCGAAUAACAGCAUCCCUUUCCUGGGCACCGGUGGCGGGCAUGGCUAUACGACAACGACCAGCGCCCUGCAGAACGGCAUCAAUCUUGACCUCAGUGCUUUUGAUUCUGUCUCUGUUGAUGAGUCGGCAAGCACCAUGACAAUCGGCGGAGCAGUCACGUUCGGUGACAUUCUUGAUCCUGUCUUCGCAGCUGGAAAGGAAAUCCAAACUGGAUCAUGUUCCUGUGUCGGCAUGGUUGGUGCCACACUAGGCGGCGGCAUUGGUCCAUACCAGGGUCUCCAUGGCCUGAUCAUUGACGCCCUCGACUCCGUCACCAUCGUCACCGGCACGGGCGACAUCGUGAAUGCAUCUGCGUCUGAGAACAGUGAUUUGUUCUGGGGCAUCAAGGGCGCCGGCCAGAAUUUUGGGAUCAUCACCUCCGCCACGUAUACACUGCAUGACCAGACCAACAGCGGAUCGGCCUUGAACGGCGAUUUCCUCUUCCCCGCCAGCGAAAACGCCACCAUCUUCCAGAUCCUCAAGGACUUUGCCGGCAACCAGCCCGACGCCUUGUCCCUCACAACCGCCAUCCAAUACUCAAGCACCUUCAACUCAACCGUAAUCAUGGUCAACGCCGUCUACGCGGGCGCAGAAGCCGAGGGCAGGGAAGUCAUCGCGCCCUUCCUCGACGCGACGUCGCUGCAGUCCAACGUCACGACGAUCCCGUGGAACAGGCUCAUCCACGAGAACCGCUUCGGCGCCGACGCACUCGGCUGCAUCGCCGGCGCCAACCAAGCCGCCUACGGCCUGAACCUCUACGAGUACGACGUCGCCACCCACCAGGCCGCGCUGGACGCCUACGUCGCCUUCUACGCCGCCACCGGCCUCACCACCUCGUACACGGUUGUCGAGAUGUUUCCGACCAAAGUAACCCUGCAGACGGCCGACGACGCGACCGCGUAUCCGUACAGAAAUACCCUGGCAUACCUGUUUAUGAGUUUCAGCGGCUUCUCGACGGACGAUCAGACGUCUGCCAUCUCGGAUUUUGCGUUGGAGAGGCGUGCGGUGUGGGUGGAGCUGAAUAGCGACAAGGGCCUUGAGGUAUACGUCAAUUAUGCUCACGGCGACGAGGGCCGCGACGCGUGGUACACGGCGGCGAAACUGCCCAAGCUGGAGUCGAUCAAGAGCACGUGGGACCCGAGCAACUUGUUUAACUUUACUAAUGGGUUUACUUACUGA